CCCGGGGCGGGUCCAGUGCGUGGCAGCCGGACCUCCGGCCCCAUCGCGAAGUUUCUAUCCUGCUAGUGCCUUGGGGCCGGCCGGACCUCCCCAGACCCUGGCGAUGCGGCCCCUGCUGCUCGUGGUCCCGCUGGGCUGGUUGCUUCUGGCCAAUGCGAAGGAGGACGCCAAGCCAGAGGACAACCUCUUAGUCCUCACGGUGGCCACGAAGGAGACCGAGGGGUUCCGACGCUUCAAGAGGUCAGCCCAGUUCUUCAACUACAAGAUCCAGGCACUGGGCCUGGGGGAGGACUGGCCUGGAGAGAAGGAGACCUCUGCCGGUGGAGGGCUGAAGGUUCGGCUGCUUAAGAAAGCUCUGGAGAAGCAUGCAGACAAGGAGAACCUGGUCAUUCUCUUCACAGACAGCUACGACGUGGUGUUUGCGUCGGGGCCCCGGGAGCUCCUGAAGAAGUUCCGGCAGGCCAGGAGCCAGGUGGUCUUCUCCGCCCAGGAGCUCAUCUACCCAGACCGCAGGCUGGAGGCCAAGUACCCCAUGGUGUCCGACGAGGGCAAGAGGUUCCUGGGCUCUGGAGGCUUCAUCGGUUACGCCCCCAACCUCAGCAAGCUGGUGGCCGAGUGGCAGGGCCAGGACAGUGACAGUGACCAGCUCUUUUACACCAAGAUCUUCCUGGACCCGGAGAAGAGGGAGCGGAUCAAUAUCACCCUGGACCACCGCUGCCGCAUCUUCCAGAACCUGGACGGAGCCUUGGAUGAGGUCGUGCUGAAGUUUGAAAUGGGCCACGUUCGAGCUCGGAACCUGGUCUACGACACCCUCCCGGUCCUGAUUCAUGGCAAUGGGCCCACCAAGCUGCAGCUGAACUACCUGGGCAACUAUAUCCCGCGCUUCUGGACCUUCGAAACGGGCUGCGUCGUGUGUGACGAGGGCCUGCGGAGCCUCAAGGGCAUCGGGGACGAAGCCCUGCCCGUGGUCCUGGUCGGCAUGUUCAUCGAGCAGCCCACGCCGUUCCUGUCCCUGUUCUUCCAGCGGCUCCUGCGCCUCCACUACCCCCGGAGGCGGAUGCGGCUCUUCAUCCACAACCACGAACAACAGCACAAGGCUGAGGUGGAGCGGUUCCUGGCGGAGCACAGCGGCGAGUACCAGUCUGUGAAGCUGGUAGGCCCCGAGGUGCGGGUGGCGAACGCUGAUGCCAGGAACAUGGGCGCGGACUUGUGCCGACAGGACCGUAGCUGCACCUAUUACUUCAGCAUGGAUGCCUCCGUGGCCUUGACCGAGCCCCAAAUCCUGCGACUGCUGAUUGAGCAGAACAAGAACGUCAUUGCCCCAUUGAUGACCCGCCAUGGGAGGCUGUGGUCGAACUUCUGGGGGGCACUGAGUGCAGAUGGCUACUACGCACGCUCCGAGGACUACGUGGACAUCGUUCAGGGGCGGCGCGUCGGCGUCUGGAACGUGCCCUACAUCUCAAACAUCUACCUGAUCAAGGGCAGUGCCCUGCGGGCCGAGCUGCAGCAGACAGACCUGUUCCACCACAGCAAGCUGGACCCCGACAUGGCCUUCUGCGCCAACAUCCGGCAGCAGGAUGUGUUCAUGUUCCUGACCAACCGGCACACCUUCGGCCACCUGCUGUCCCUGGACAACUACCAGACCUCCCACCUCCACAAUGACCUCUGGGAGGUGUUCAACAACCCCGAGGACUGGAAGGAGAAGUACAUCCACGAGAACUACACCAAGGUGCUGACGGGGAAGCUGGUGGAGAUGCCGUGCCCGGACGUCUACUGGUUCCCCAUCUUCACGGAGGCGGCCUGUGACGAGCUGGUGGAGGAGAUGGAGCACUACGGCCAGUGGUCUCUGGGGGACAACAAGGACAGCCGCAUCCAGGGCGGCUACGAGAACGUGCCCACCAUCGACAUCCACAUGAACCAGAUCAACUUUGAGCGCGAGUGGCACAAGUUCCUGGUGGAGUACAUCGCGCCCGUGACGGAGAAGCUCUACCCCGGCUACUACACCAGGGCGCAGUUCGACCUGGCCUUCGUUGUCCGCUACAAGCCCGACGAGCAGCCCUCGCUGGUGCCACACCACGAUGCGUCCACCUUCACCAUCAACAUCGCCCUGAACAGGGUCGGGGUGGAUUAUGAGGGCGGGGGCUGUCGGUUCCUGCGCUACAACUGCUCCAUCCGGGCCCCACGGAAGGGCUGGGCCCUCAUGCACCCCGGGAGACUCACGCACUACCACGAGGGGCUCCCCACCACCAAGGGCACCCGCUACAUCUCCGUGUCCUUCGUCGACCCCUAAUUGGCCAGGCCCAGCCGCCUCGGGCCUUUUCCUCUCUGCCAACAACCACUGCCCAGCAGCCUCUGGGGCCUCGGGGUCCCAGGGAACCCGGUCCAGCCUCCAGGAUCUUGACCUCCCGUUGCUCCCAGAGCUGUCGGUCGUCGGAGAGACCGGGCUGCAGGCGGGGGGCAAGGACGCCUCCUCGGCUGGGGCCUGCCUGGUGCUCUGCACCCAGCCCCGGGAGAGGCUGCUGGUUUGCCUUCUCUGUGUGGUGCCAGCUCACUUGUCUUCCUGCAAACCCUUUCCCACUUGUGUUCCUGAAGUACCCGGUCCCCCUGCCUCUGGUCCUUCCAUCCAUGACACUUGAGCAGAAUGGACUUACUCAGCUGCCCGGAGAGGAUCUGGGGGCACGGAGCCACACCCCAGAGAUUCUCCCAGGCUUCGGGACAGACACAGAGACCGGGAUCAGAUUCAAGUCCCCACCUGCACCCCGGGACGGCCGAAGCCCCCCUUCUUUCCCUGCUCCGGGCAUCGAGGAAAACGUUGUUCCCUGGAGACGGGGACUCAGCCAGCCUCCGGAAGACAGGAGAGGCAUGGAUGUCACAGCCCUGUCCCCUACUUGAUCCUUGCUGGGGGGAACGGGGGUGAUACGUCCACACACUGUACUAUGUCACCUGUCCCGGAUGUCUCUGGAGAGCGGGACAGUCACAAACAGGACAGUUUGUAUUAAAAGUCAUUCAAACCAC